UCUUUGCCCCAUUUUGAACAAGUGAUUCUUUAGGCGGAAACCCUACUCGUUGAUUCCAACAAUCGAUCUCCUCCGAUGACAACGGCGGCUGCAUCAUCUCUAUCCCAUUCCUCCAUUCGCCGUGGAUUGUUGGCGUCAGUGUUUCUUCUUCUCUGUUUCUCUUGGCAAGGAAUCUAUACAUAACCAAGAAAUUGGUCUAAGAAUUUAGUGAGCGAUGUGGUGGCGUCGCGGCGUUCUUACUCAUGCGCAGGGAUUGCUUAGGUCAACAUGCGAGCCCACUCGGUUAUUUACCGUGCUUUCUUUCUCAGAUUCGCCUGCAAAGAAAAAAGGAAAAGCAACUCCUUUACAGGAGAGGAGGAUGGUGGAUCGUUUUAGGUUAUGGGCCAAAGGAGGUGACGGAGGAAAUGGGUGCUGGAGCUAUCGGCGGAGCCGAACAGACCGCCAUGGCGCGCCAGAUGGUGGCAAUGGUGGAAGAGGUGGUGAUGUUUAUUUGGAAUGCUCAGCAGCAUUGUGGGACUUCAGUAAUCUGCAACAUCACGUGAAUGCAAAGAAAGGGGGUAAUGGGAUUUCAAAAAACAUGAUUGGAACCCGUGGAUCAGACAAGGUUGCGCAGGUUCCAGUUGGAACUGUGAUUCAUUUAGUCAGUGGUGCACUUCCUACAUUAGUGAGCAAUAAUUCAAUCACUUCUAUGGAUCCUUGGGAAAUACCCAUCGCUGUUGAGGAUACUCCAUCACUUGCAGAACUAAAUGAGCGAAGAAACAAUAAGGUAAAACCAUCACAUAUGUUGAAUAAGGUUGAAGAUGUGCAAUGCGAAGAACUGGAGAAUGAUGAAUGGUGGAAAGAUGACGAUGAUGAUGAUGAUGAUGAGUGGUGGAAAGCUGACAACAAAACUGAGGAAGCUAAGGACUGGCAUUUUGAGUUAGAGGAAUCUGUGCAAUAUUCAGUUGCAGAAUUAACCGAACCAGGGCAGCGAAUAUUAGUUGCUCGGGGAGGGGCCGGUGGUCUCGGUAAUGCUGCUGUUAAUAAAGACAUCAAAUACCGAAGCCUCAUGAACUUAAAUGGUUCAUCUAAUGCACAAACCUUAGAUAACGAUGAGUUAUUUUCACUAAUUGCUGGCUCAUCAGGCUCAGAUUCAAUCCUCAUACUGGAGCUCAAGAGCAUCGCUGAUGUUGGACUUGUCGGAAUACCAAAUGCUGGUAAAAGCACUCUACUAGGCGCAAUUUCGCGAGCCAAUCCUGCAGUUGGCCAUUAUGCUUUUACUACUCUAAGGCCAAACAUAGGGAAUUUGAACUACGAUGACUUCUUCUCAGUAUCAGUAGCUGAUAUUCCUGGACUUAUAAGAGGAGCUCAUGAAAAUAGAGGACUUGGUCAUGCUUUCUUGAGGCACAUUGAGCGCACCAAGGUUCUGGCUUAUGUUGUGGAUUUAGCUGCGGCUUUGGACGGAAAGAAGGGUAUAAUGCCAUGGGAACAACUGAGAGACUUGGUUUUGGAGCUUGAACAUCAUAAGGUGGGUUUAUCCAAACGGCCAUCACUGAUAGUUGCAAACAAGAUUGAUGAGAAAGGUGCAGAGGAUGUCUAUGAAGAACUGAAGAUGAGGGUCCAGGAUGUUCUCAUAUUACCUGUCUGUGCUGUGUUAGGCGAAGGUGUUCAAGAGUUAAAAGUUGGACUUAGAGAGCUAAUGGAGGGAACUGAAACUAGAUGUCUGGAAUUGAGUAACAUUAUAUUGGAUUAGAUUUGUUUUUUUUUAUUUUCUGUGAGUGAUUGAUUUGAUGAAGAUUGUUUGCUGCUAAAUUAAGUGCUUUGAAAGUUCCACCAGCAUCAUCUGUUGGAUUGGAUUUCUUCGCAUCUCUUGAGAAGUUCUUUUGUUUUCCUGGUACUAAUGCUGGAGAGUUAUGUAUUACACUGGGCGCAAUGGUGCUUCUUUGUGUUGGUAAGCUUGUGUAAUGAAACAAGACCCUAUUAGAAGGA